AUGACCAAGGACUCGCCCAACUCUUCGGGUGGCGGCCGCGCGACACCCAAGAAGCUGGGCCCAACCCCAACGACGGCGGUGCUGGAGGAGCAGAGGCGGGAGCUGGAGAAGCUGCGGGUCGAGCUGGAGGCUGAGCGAGCGCGCGGGAGGACGGAGCGGCGGCGCUCCGCGGCCCAGGCGCGCCAGCUGCGGGAGGCAGCAGAGAGGGAGCGGCAGCAACUGGUUGACCAUCUGCGCUCCAAGUGGGAAGCACAGAGCUGUCGUGAGCUGCGGCAGCUGCAGGAGGAGAUGCUGAGGGAGCGCGAGGCCGAGAUCCGGCAGCUGCUGCGUUGGAAGGAAGCCGAGAUGCGGCAGCUGCAGCAGCUGCUGCACCGCGAUCGCGACUGCGUUGUUCGCCAGGCGCGGGAGCUGCAGCGCCAGCUCGCCGCAGAGCUAGUGAACCGCGGCUACUGCGGCCGCGCAGGGGUGCCAGAAGUCGCCGCCGCGCAGUGUCGCUGUCGCCUGCAAGAAGUGCUGGCGCAACUUCGGUGGGAGACCGACGGCGAGCAGGCCUCGCGCAUCCACUACCUGCAGGCGGCGCUAGACCUGGAGCGGCAGCUCUUUCUCAAGUACAUCCUGAAGCACUUCCGCUGGCACCCGGUUUUGUCCAGUACCCCCGAUACACAAGCUGUGCAUUCUUCGAAAGAGUCGCACCCCGACACGUCCGGUGACUCUCGCCAUCCCCCAAAGUUCGCCUGUCGACUCGAAUCCCUUGACAGCCUGAGCACCCGCGUUCCCGUGCGCUCUCGUUCUCUCGACCUGGUACCCGCAGCGUGCACCCACUCCCCUGACAACCUGCUCCGCACGCGCGCAAGCUCCCUCGAUUCCUUGGCACCAGCGAGUCCCCGCUUGCUCGACAGCACCAGGAGUCGUCCCAAGGUCCUCGAAACCGAGGAGCAGGACUCCUUCUCACCAGACACUUUCAUCCUGGGCUCCCCGAGUCCCCCAGCACACCUGCUGCCACCACCACCACCACCACCAUCGGGGCCCAGACGACCUAGCGACCGGCAAGGAGAAGACUCCGGGAACCAGCCUUGCGAGGCCAUGACUCUGUCACCGCUGUGCCUGGACUACCACGAGCUUGUGAAGCAGAACUCAGAACUGUCUGAGACGUUGCAGGUGCUGGCGCGCCGCUGCUCUGGCCUGCAGGAAGAGAACAUGCAAUUGCGGCGCGCAGGCUUUCCAGACAAGGCGGAGGAGAAGGUGAAACGACUCAAGGUGAAGCACGCGGAGCUAACAGGCCUGGCUCGGCGUCUAGAGGACCGGGCCCGCAAGCUGCAAGAAACCAACCUGCGGGCUGUGAGCGCGCCUGUGCCUGGGGAGAGCCGCGCUGGCCUGGAGCUGUGCCAGGCCUUUGCCCUCCAGCGCGCCCGAGACAAGUCGGAGCAGGCGAGCGCGCUGUUGGCCAAGGACAAGCAGAUCGAAGAGCUGCAACAGGAGUGUCACUUGCUGCAGACGCAGGUCGCCUCAGGCCUCGGCAGCACCCAGCAUCCUAGUGGGGGCGCGGCUAGCGACCAGUGGCUCAAAGUCAGCGACUUGGACCGGCUACAGCGCGAGUCCCAGCGGGAGGUGUUGCGCCUGCAGAAGCAGCUGACGCAGCAGCAGGCCACCGGCUGCGCUCGGAAGGAGUCGGGCUGCCAGAGCGUACCCUGCGAAGAGGCGCGGUGCCAGGUGCAGACUCUGGAGCAGGAGCUCGGCGCGCGGCGGCGCGAGUGCGAGGAGCUGAGAGCAGAGGCGGCGGCGGCACGGCGGCACGGGGAGGAGGCAGAGGCACAGCUGCAGAUCGCGCUACGUGAAGGCGCCUGGCUGGCCAAGGAGAACGCGCGGCUGCAGGCCCAAGCCGACUGGCUGAGAAAAGUGGCAGCAAAGAAUGACGACGUGCGCGGGCAGCUGGGCCGCGCGUGCCAGGAGCGCGACACCGCCGGCUUGCAGGCGGAACAGCUGCUGCAGCAAGCGGCGCACAGGCAGGACAGGCAGCAGCAGCUGCAGCAUGACCUGCGGAAGGCCUCGUGUGAUCCCCAGGCUGCCCAGGAGGAGAUGGGAGUGCUGCAGUGUCAGUCUUGUCACCAUCCCCAGGAGCCCCGGGAGGCCCCCCCAGCCCCAGAUUCCCAAGACAGGAAUAGCAUAAGAACCAAGUUCCAGCCAGGGCCUGAAGACCAAGUGUCUCCACAGCCCAGCAGAGACAAACAGGAGGAGAAGGAAGCCUCUCUGCAAGAGAGCCCAGUUGCCCUCGGAGAUCCAUCCAGUGUCCCCCAAGUGCCAGACAGAGCCCCAGCCAGCCAGCCUCUGGACUCCAUACCCCAGUCCAAGAAAACCAGCUCCCAGUCAAACUCCUCCUCUGAGGUGGAAUCCAUGUGGGCCACUGUACCAUCUUGCCUUUCUCUGGAUGUGGACACAGCCAGUGAGGUGGAGGAUCUGGAUUCUGACAGUGUGUCCUUGACCCUCGAAGUGGAGGACUUAGAGACCGCUGACACCCCCAAGCUCAAGAUCUUCCUGGUUCGAUAUAGCUACAACCCAUUUGAGGGACCCAAUGAGAACCCUGAGAAUGAACUGCCCCUCACGGCUGGGGAUUAUGUGUAUAUCUUUGGGGAUAUGGAUGAGGAUGGCUUCUAUGAAGGGGAGCUUGAGGAUGGCCGGCGGGGCCUGGUACCCUCCAACCUGGUGGAGCGGAUUCUAGACAGCGAUAUCCUUGGCUGCCUGACCCCAGAAUCCCCUGACCUUGGCCCCACUCAACUCCCAGCUGGACAGGGCAAAGCUUCAAAGGAAGACACUGGUCACAGCUUAUUGCCUGAGAAAGCUCAGCAAACUGUGGACACAGAGACAUGCCAGAUGGUGAGGUCAGGCUCCGAGACAGAAGUGGCUAUAGAGAUCUCAGAUGCCAAGACAGAAGAUGGCUGGCUGGGCUCACUGCAGAGUAUGGAGAAGCAAGACUUCUCCAAACCCCUUCUAGGGGCCAGAGGGGUCCUUUGUAUAGCCCCCAAGCAACUACACCUUCAGAACAUUGCAGCCACAUCAGCCGAGAUCACCUGGGUUGACAGCGGCAGCAGCCACUCACACGUGGUAUACCUCAAUGACCAUAAGCAUGCCCUGACCCCAGCGGGUGUGAGUGGCUACAUCUUCCACAGUCUGCGUCCCGGCACACGGUACCAGGUGCAGGUGGAAGUGCAACUGCCAUGGGACUCACUUCAGGUGCACUGGGAAACCAUGUCUUCUACUAUCACCUUCGACACGCCCUUGGCAGGACCCCCUGACCCUCCACUGGAUGUGCUGGUAGAGCAUCACACCUCACCAGGCUUCCUGGUGGUCAGCUGGCUCCCAGUGACUAUCCACUCAGCUGGGUCCUCCAAUGGGGUGCAGGUUACUGGCUAUGCUGUGUAUGCUGACGGGCUCAAGGUUGCAGAGAUCGCUGAUGCCACCGCUGGGAGCACCAUGUUGGAAUGGUCCCAGCUCCAGCUGCCCCUGAUGUGCCAGAAGGUUUCAGUGAGAACCAUUUCGCUUUGUGGCGAGUCACUGGAUUCAGUGCCGGCUCAGAUCCCUGAGGACUGUUUUAACUGUAACAGAUUGCCAGAGACCUCUCCCUUUAGCUACACCUGUGGUGACCUGUCCCCCUUUAGAGUCACCUUCCCCAUCUGCCCUCAGAGGCUAGCGCUAGCUCCACUGAGUGCCAAGGCCAGUUCCCACAUCUCCAGGAGCUGUGGGGAGCCCCUGGCAGAGUUCCUAGAAGCAUUUCCUGAAGGACCCCCAAGGAGGUGCUCCCCAGUGCCCAACCUGAGUUCAGAAGGAGAAUGUCAGAGUGCAGGGGCUGGCAACCAAACCCAAGGGCCUGCAGAGGCCUGGGAGGUCUGCAGAAAAGACAUGAUCAUUCAGAAGAGUCCCCAGAACCACAAGCUGCCCCUGCCCAGUGGCCAGUCUGAGAGGGAAGAAGACCACUACCAGCCCAUGGUCAACAGCCAAAGCCCUGCCCUGGGAGUUGUCCAUCUGUCUCCUGAGCGUGGGCCCAGGAAAGAAGCAUGCCAGGAUAAGCCUGCCCUUGAGAAGGUCCUUGGGCAAAAGCAAGAUGCCCAAGUGUUCGAUCGAUAUGGGUCUGACUCCCAUGACAUUUUGCAGCAGGAAGAGGCAGUGUGCUUUGGUCCAUGGGCUACAGGGAGACAAGGACAGAGGAGGGAGCUUAAGACCCAGAGUAGACAAGGUCAGGCUCUGGGGGGCAAGAGAGAGAAUCAGCUCCAGGAGCCCAGCUCUGCGCUCGGUCUAGCUCCAUCCAGCAAAGUCAUUAAGAUGUCCAGUGGAGGCCCCCCACUGCCGGGGGAGAGUGAGGACACUCCAGUGAGGAUCUUUGUGGCACUCUUUGACUAUGACCCCCUGGUGAUGUCUGCCAACCCUGAGGCUGCAGAGGAGGAGCUGGCCUUCCGGGAAGGGCAGUUGCUGAGAGUGUGGGGCUCUCAGGACGCCCACGGCUUCUACUGUGGGGAAUGCAAUGGUCGAGUGGGCAGCAUCCCUGGGCACCUGGUGGUUGAUGUGGAAGUGGUCAUGGAGAGGACUGAUGGGAGGUGGCAUUUGCCAGUGCAAAGACAUCUGUCCUCUGUGGCCCACCUUGAUGACUUUGGAGGACUCACCAGCCCCCAGGACUCCUUUCUCCUGCCCCAAGGGAACCCCAGGAGACCCUCACUAUGGACCUCAAUGACCAUGAUGGCAGCUAUGGACUAUGACCCCAAAGAUGGGCAGGUGGGGGGAAGGAUAAAGGACAAGCUGUCACUGAAGGCUGGGGACCUGGUCACAGUCUACGGGCCAAUGGAUGACAAGGGAUUCUAUUAUGGGGAGUCAGGAGGCCACAGAGGCUUUGUCCCAGGCCACCUGCUGGAUCCUGUGUCCCUCCAUGGAGAGUGA